CGACUCCAUCCAACCCAGCCAUGAACUUGUUGACCAUCUUUUUGGUCUUUGUGGUGCUGCUUAGCAUCUUUGUCUUUAUCUUAUUGUUUGGACAGAGCCCUCAAUUCAGACAUGGUGUACUGGGGAAACUCAACUGGAUCCUCAUUGCUUGGUUACCGCGAAAUAUUUCACGACUAGCCCACCGUGUGCUGGGACGAACCGUCGUGAACAAGAUUUACGGUGCAUGGUUCUAUUGCUGUGAAUCACGCAAUCCAUUCUUGCAGAUAUUCUUCAUCAGUUUAUCGGGUGCUUCCAUUUUAUUGUUCCUGAAAUUUGCACUGCCGCAUAUACCUAAUAUUUACCUGUCGAGUAUGCAUAGAUUUGUUUUGAUCCCGGGUCACAUCUGCUGGCUGUACAUCAGCUACUACAUCAUUUGCACUGCCGAUCCAGGCACUAUUACAGCGGACAAUGUACAGCAGUACCUAGAUCACUACGCGUACGAUUACAUUCUGUACGAACCGAAACAAUGUCGGACUUGCCGAUUAAAAAAACCGGCUCGAUCCAAACACUGUUCAAUGUGCAAGGGGUGCAUUGGUAGGCUGGACCACCAUUGUGCAUGGAUCAACCGCUGUGUGGGGCACAACAAUCAGCGUUACUUCUUCCUGUUCCUGUUCUCUCUGAGUGAAUUCUGUAUCUAUGGCACCUACCUGUGUUUCCAGAUCUAUCGCAGUAUGAUUAUCGAAACAGGGUUAGAUCAAGCUAUGAUUCUCGAUAGUGCCACAGGCGCCCCCAAACGAAUCAGUUUCCGCAAAGCUAUGAUUGUUAUUUUACAGCGGGAUCGUAUUAUUGGCUCCAUCGGUAUCUUGGCCAUGGUAGUGGCGGUAGUAGUUUUUGGCUUUCUCAUCUACCAAUUAUAUCUGACGGCACAAGGCCUUACUACCAACGAAGCUAUCAAAUGGGAGAUUUUAGAAGAUGCGAUGGACUGUGGCGAGAUUGUCAUAUUAGCCGAGGAUGCCCCGAAACCCACGCCGAUGGACAACAAAUCAAGACGAAGGAAAGCUGCCUCGCCGCGGUCUGUAUCAUCCACUGCUGCCCACUCCCAUGACGUCUUGAAGCCACGAAAAAUUUAUGUGGACGAUCUCAGUAAAGUCGAGGGCAGAAAUUUGCGUUUUGAAGAGUUGGAAAAUAUCUAUGAUCAUGGCAUGAUGCAAAACCUGUGGAAUGUCUUUUUUCCCAAAUCACUUUGAAGGUGCGAUAAUACACCUGAUCUGUCACUAUCCCUCUACUGUACCUGUAUUCUCAUAUUUAUGUCAAUAAAAAGAU